AUGAGUGAGUUCCACGCCAAGUACCGCAGGUUCUGCAAAUGCGAUUGGCGCAGCUAUUUCAAUGACCAAUGUAGCGAUGCUGUCGAGGAGCUGGACUGGGCCAGGUCGAGGCAUGACAGGCGCGAGCGUGGAGCGCCUUUGGCUCUUUCGCAGCGCCACUGCAGCAUUCGCCCAGACGGCUCUCUGUUCUAUGAUGCGCUCACAGCUGCUGAGAAGGAUGCGUUUGCAAAGUAUUGGGUGAUGUCCAACCACGUCCAAGACAUCACCAGUAACGGCCUCGAGAACGUGAUGUGCUUCAGGCACGACGCGCCCAGGGCCAUCCAGAAAUUGAUCAAGACUGCGCACGAUGAUUUUCAUGAUGGAAGCGCUUCAACAUUCAUUGAGCUAUUGGACACCACUGAGGACGCGGUCGUAGCAUGGAGGCAGCACACGAAGGAUAACGAGAUGACCAAGGAGGGGCGCGGAAUCACCAACGAGGUUGUCGCGAAGGCGUGCAACCAGCUCUUCAUUCAGAUCAUCAUCCACUUCAGCGACGCAAUCGAGAUCGACACGCUCCACAUGAUCCUCGUUGAAGCGCUGGACUUCGCGGCGCCCAUGGAGAACGAUGACGAUAAGGGGCCGUGCUGGAUCUUCAAGACGAACCAGGAUAUCCAGAAGAUUAAGAACAUCAAGGCGCCGAUGAUCUCCAGCAAGGUCUACCUGAAAGCAUCGGGCUCCAAGAGGUCUGGCGCUGUGGCGAAGGUGCAGCCCAUGAAGAAGGCGAAGGCGAAAGGGAAGGCGAAGGCUUCGCCAACGCUGAACGUCGCCGACGAGGUGCUCCACGGCUCCACUGCGACUACAGGACCGACCGAAGGUGAGCCAGACGCGGCGGAGGACGCGACGGGCUCCAGGCAGACGCUAUUCCUCGACGACCUCGCGCGCUGCAUCGCGCAGCCGUUGACGGCCUUGCAGGAGCGCAGCAGCGGGAACGGGAACGUGAUCCAGAAAGCGUGCUUGGCGCUUUGCUUCAGGACUGGCCUGGCGUUUGCCUGGGACGGGCAAGUGAACUUCAACGGGCAGGUCUUCCGUGAGUGGAGCCCUCUUCGCAAAGAGCUUCGGGGUGAGAUCUUUCGCGCGCACAGGGCUUUCUUGAUGACGGACAGCCCCCCUGGUGGUGCGGAACAGGCUACGCUUAUCUUGGAAGCCCUUGAUGCCUUCGCACAACAAGAUCUGCCGCAUAAUUACAUGGCGAUGGGCGAUGAGAAUGUGCCCGUGGCACUGCGCCCAUUCGUUGACGACGAGAAGUUCAUCGUGGGCAUCUGCCGCAUGUACCAGGGCGCAUCUGCUGCCGAGCUGGAGGAGCAACCCCUCUAUCUGAGCAUGUGCCGGGCCGUGUGCGCCGCGGCGUCGCAGUCGAAGCGGGCAGGGCCGAGCACUGACGCGAGUGGUUUCAGCAGCACUGCCGUUUCUAAGGCCGACGUGCCUGCGCUCUCUGCUGGAGCCUUCGCCGACGCGCCCUCGGCGAAGUCAUUCUUCAGCCUUCGCGCCCAGUACGCUGUCAAGCUGACUCAGACCGCGGGCGGGUUGGACUCGCGCGACGUGGUUCAGCACGAGGCCAACGCCGCCCGCAUCGCUGCACAUGAUAUUGCAUUGGACGACGACCAGUGGGUUUCGUCCUGGAACAGCUUGCUGACGGCAGCUGCGUCGGACAAUGGCUUGAAGGAGUUCAAUUUUAUGGGGGGCGUCGAGACCAUCGGGCCCGCGCAGACUGUCGCCGAGGCCGCCGCGCAGCCGGUUGCGCAGCCCGACCAGAAUCAGCCCAAGCAAGACGAUGCCGACAAGAAGACCGAUGUCCAAGUGGGACGCGCCGUGAUGGCGCUGUCCAAGGUACGUGCGAAGUGGGCUGUCGGUGAGUUUGAGGCUCCGCACAUCGCUUCGUUCAUGAAGCACUUGGAGUGCUUCAUCUUCGACGCUGGCAUGCUCGGCAGGACUGCGCCGCUGAACAAGGCCACUGCGAAGAAGGAUGACACCGACGACUCCGAGGAGAAGGCCCUGACGGUGGACGUCGGGCUCGACAUCAUCACCGCGGACGUCAACGAGAGGGCCCCCGAGCUGAAGGUCAAGGUGGUCUGGGAGUCUGGGAGAUUCCAGUUGCCCCUCAAGCUCCAGUUUAGGGUCCCUUCAGAUGGAUCUGCCCCGAUGUGCCAUUCGUUUGGACAGACGUUCUACGUAUCAUCCAAAGGCUAUGAUUAUGUCAAGUAUUCCUUUGGUUUCUGCCCUGCGUGGAUGGUUACGUUACUACGCGCUUCGGCUGACGGCAAGGCGAAGAAGAAUAUUCCGUCCAUGAAGUGCGUGACGAGCAAACUCAUGAUGCCAUAUACGCACGGUCUCAAUGGCAAGCCGAUCGCGAUCAAAGUGCCCGUCACUAUGUGCAAGCUCGCCCCCAAUCCCGACUUCAGUGUCAAGGAGGCCGACGAUGGCAAAGACAUCAUCCUGACGCGAGGCGCAGCUUUCGGGCAGAUAGAGCUCUCCUCCAUCGCGCUGGUCGCCCGUGGCUUCCUGCUGGUGCUGACGCUCCGCGUCAUGAGGACGGCGCUCCUGCCCCUGCUGCUCAGCCUGACCAGCCUGACGAUGGCCACAGCGAUGAAGAGUAUUCGUUCGUGGACGUCGGGGGUGACUCUGAUGGUGACACUGAUGGUGGUGCGCCAGGCAGCGCAGCGACCUCCCAUCGCCGGUUCAUGCGGCACCGCAUCCGGGAAUUCCGCCCUGGCCCUCGGGAGGGGUGUCCCGAAACGGGCACGACUGGAGUGGGUGCGGAACGUCACGGACGUGGCGCAUUGGGGGCAGGAUGUCUCGGACGGGGCUAGGCGCAGUGCCCAGUGUCCAGCGCCCCUCCCCGUAGGGCAGGCUCGUGCCGUGCUGACGCGGCGGAGGACACGCCCGACCCAGGAGGAGCCAUCGCCGCCGCGUCGCCGCGUCGCGGGCCCGUCGCUCCUGGCCCCCGCCCGCGGCGCGAAGCGGUGCGGCGACGCGGCCGAGGUGCAGCGCCAAACCGCGCUGGGCCGCAGAGUGGAGCGGGAGAAAGGUUGCCUCGGGAGCCCGGGGCUCCCGGAAAAAAAUAUUGCGGUGAGGCCUUGCGUUCUUUACGAGGUCAUUUUGUGGUCUGUCACCAACACGGCUGUUGUGGGACCCCUAGGUGGGUGGGGGGCGCGGACGGGCACCGUCGGCAGCGGCGCCGGCAGUAACAUCUACAUCUACACCGACAUCUACAUUAACACCCACACCUGCAUCUACAUCUACACCAACAUCAACAGCGAGACUCACAUCUACAUCUACACCUACAUCUGCACCUACAUAUAUACCGACAUAUACAUCCACACCUACACUUACAUCCACAUCUACACCUACACCUACCUCUACAUCUACAUCUACAGCUACAUAUACAUCUACAAGUUCGCAUUGGUGUUGCGCACUGUGUCGGCCUUCGACAAGCACCUCGACAAGUUCAAAGACUCCGAGGGCGCGGGGAGCCAUGGGCCCACUGCGGAGACGCAGAAGGUCCGCGGCCUGCAGCGGAAGUUCAAGAGGCUGGACAGAUCCAAGGACUCCAAGCUGGACUUCUCCGAGAUGAGCGCCCUGCUCUUGAAAGGGAACCCCGACCUCACGGAGCGAGAGAUGCGGGCCCUCUUCCAGGACGCGGACAAGGACGGCAGCGGGGCGCUCGACUUUGACGAGUUCAUGGCCCACAUAUUCAGCGAGGCCGCACGCCCCGACCCCGGCGGCCCCGCCGCCGAGGGUCUCGCCGCGGCGGGCGCCAAGGGGCCGGCGCAGCUCCCAGUCGAGGCGGGCCCCGCGACCGCCGCCCGCGGGCCAGCGGAGCCCCCCGGCGAGGCCGAGCCCGAGGCGGAGCCCGCCGGGCACGCGGCCGCCCAGCUGGGCGCCCCGGGCGCGCUGGGCGACGUGCGCACGGAGGCAUCCGUGCGCGUGGAGGCCUCCAUGAGGCACUGGCAGCGGAGGUGCGAUACCAGGGAGGCGGUCUUGGUCGGCCUGCUGCAGGACGGCGCGCCCUGA